AUGGAGAGUGAUUAUGUAAGGGCUGUUAUUCGUUAUGUUAUUGGCCCUGGGAUUGGGAUCUGCAGGAAGGAGACGAAUUGGCAAGGAGCGCCGCUCAGAGCGAGGUUAGGCCAAACCGCAGAGCAGUGGUGUAGUCCCACCAUAGCAAGAGAAGAAAAAAAAACAAUGGCAUGCACUGUCACAGCAUGUCAAGCCAUUUUCCAUGGAAAAUGUCUAAACGCAGACGAGAGUGAGUUUGAAGCACUGAGGGCAUUACGAAAAAAUUGGGUAUGCCCGAAAUGUGAAAAGGCUCGGAAAAAUAUCCAACCGACAGACAAGUGUCUCAGCCCGCCAAGAUCGGCGCCACAACAACAAACUGUCGACAGCACGUCACAACUGUUACUUGCUGCCAUUAAAAAUCUAACAGAAGAGGUCAAGGGAUUAAAAUUCUCCCUCGAUGCCAAUGCUAACGAGGUCAUCCUCCUUUCGAACGAGAGUCCUAAGUAA